GGCACUACGCAAAUGGCUUUUGAAACUGGACUGUGUUUUUUUAGAUAGUAAGGAGUACAGAAAUUGUACACAUCUUAUAGCAAAAAAGCUGUGCAGGAGUGAAAAGUUCUUAGCUGCCUGUGCUGCUGUGUCUUCUGUAGGUACUGUUUCUAUACAGGAGCAGGGUACUAACCACGGCUCUUGACCUGAACCUGUAAGAAGAGAGAGACAGAGAAAAAGGGGAAGAUCAUUACAUACAGUAUCAAAAGCAUACAUGCAGAAGAUGAAAGAGGAGAGGCGGAGGAGGUGGAGCCAAAGGAUGAGAGAAAAGGAUGUGAAAAGAAGAAAGGGGAAAGACAAAAGUCUAAACCCAUAUCCCCCUAAUAUUGGUAUUCACUACACUCGCAGUGCAAGUAAUACUAAGAAUAUAUAAAAGAAAUGGCUUGGAUGCUAAAACCUUCCUUCCUCUUUUUAAUCAUUGGUGGUAAAAUAUUUCUUCAUUUUACUACAUUUCCGUACAUUUGUAAAAGUGUCAAAUUAUAUUAAAAAUAAAGGGUUAAACAAGGUUCUGUGGAAGUGACAAGAACAAAAUCUGGGAAGCUGAAAAAUUCCAUUUGCAAAUUUUUGAGGAGAUAGACAAGUAUUUUGUCUGGGAAGGGUGAAAAAGUACUUCAUCGCUAAAAGAAAACAAAACGAUCAUUUUCAGUGGCAUUGUGAGACUUCUGCUUCUAAAGUGUGAAGAGGAGAACUCUUGUAGGAGGAAGAAGUUUUUAAAAUGGUACUUACAAUUGCAGCUUUUAUUUGCACAAGAAAGGUUGAAGUUAAUUUUGUAUUAGAUCUUCAGUUGAUUGCCAUUUGUCUGCACAAAAAAUCUUUUGUGGUUGACAGUUCAUUUGCUUUUUAGGAAAGUGGAUACUAACUAAGGAGUAUGUAAUUAAUAGUGCCGAAAGUGGCAGAUGGCUUGAUGAAACAACGUACGAAUGGGGAUAUGAAAUUGAAAAAGACAGCCAUUAUUCACCUCAAAUGCAAUCUGCACCUAAAAGAUGGCGCAAAGAACUGACACGCUGUGGUGCUCCAGGGGCCUUCCACAGAUGGAAAGUUGUCCUCUCUGUUAAGAAAGGUGAUAAACGAAUGGCAUCUAUUACAAGAGUUCUUGAAGCUGGAAAGGCAACCAUAUGUUCAUCUGAAAAUGUAGAGCACAAUGUAACUCAUAUAUUUAGCAGUCUACAAACUUUCCCUAUGCAAAAGAGAAAAUGCCUCUCUGAAGUUCAAUAUUACCCUUUGCAAUAUCUAGGAGAUUACCUUUUUGAGAAUGAAAUACAAAAUACUGAAGAUACCAAAAUGAACAGUUUCCUGGCAGCACAAGAAACAGACCAAAUCGUGUCUAACAUGCAGCUUGCUGAAAUGAAAAAUGCUGUUGUAAAACAUAUAUAUUUUGCUGCGGCUGUUAAGCACAAGUUUGCUCAAAAGCACCGCCUGAACAAAUGCACUCCGGAGGUUAAAAGUACUGUCCCAUCCAGAGGCACAUGGUAUAUACUUGAAGGAUUAGUGGAAGCGUAUUUAUUUUCUGAUGUAGUCACAGAACUUGCUGCUUGUCAGAAGUACUCUAUGCCUCCCAUGCAACUUCUUCAUUCUCUUCUAGAAUAUGUCCUAUUGGGAAAUACAGAUGCAAUAUUUUCUGCUAAACUUAAUCACAUUUUGUACCUUGUUCUCCAACAUGAUCCUCCUUGGAAGUCCCCAUAUAUGUUAAAUUAUUAUUUGAAUCUUCUUCAGUGUCCUGUCUGUAAGAAAGGCACUUGGUCCUUCAUAGAGAUGCUUGUAAGGUCUUGCGUUUAUUACAAAACCAUUUGUCAUGCAGUCUUAGAUUCAGGGAGAGAAGAUGAACAGAGGAUAGUUCACAAAUCAUUAUUGAAGUUUUUCUUUGAUUUAGUAAAAGCUGAAGUAGAGUUUCUGACAGAAAGUUUGGUUGAAGGGACCCAUUCACAGCAUCAGCCAGUCAUGCCACAGACAGUUCUUCUGAAGACCUUUUGGCUGGGAAGUGAAACCUCAGUGCUUUUUACCAAACACAUAAAUAUUCUAGCAGGUUGGGUCGUAUUUUCCCAUAGAGAAUCAAACAGAAGAAAUGAUGCUUUCAGAAGCGAAAUAGCUGGUAUAUUAAAUGGAAUUCUUGGAACUGUAGUGGAAUAUUGGGUCAUAUCGAGCUUGCUUACAGACAGGAAUGUCUUUCACGAAAUAGCUGACGAUUUGACACAGUACCUUGUCAUUUCAUGUGAUGUUUUUUCAGUGCAUGAAUUAAAAGGGUUCAUUUGUUCCAUACCAUCCCGCUGGCUUCAAAUGUAUGUUGCAGAAGCAGUUUUUAAAAGAAUGUGUUUAGAGAGGAAUAUAACUGUUUCUACAGAUCCUCUUUCUCUUCAGAAAAUAGUCUGUUCCUAUUCAUCUGCUUUGCGAGAGGUAGGGAUGCAUGCGACAAAGAAUGUACAUGAAGUAAAGAAAAAGAAAAGGAAAAUAAGGCAACGGCCAUGCCCCAAGUCUCAAAGGGCAUUACAGAUGCUAAAUGGCGAUAAGCAGAACCAAGUCAAAAUGCUGCCUGAUCUACCUGACUUAAGUAAGUCCCUUCCAUUGAAACAAAGGCUUAGAGCAAAAGCAAAAGUUAAAGUUGAGACUGCAGGCGCCGUAGAGAAUUGCUACCUUUUGACUAAAGAGGUACAUUUUUGCAAGAGGAAUAUUAAAGGAGAGACAGCCCUGCAUAACGCUUGCAUAAGUAACAAAGUGGAGAGAUUGAUUCAGCUUCUCUCUUCCCCUGGAACAGACAUUAAUGUUCAAGACUAUGCUGGCUGGACGCCUUUGCAUGAAGCCAGUUACCAUGGCAGCACAGUGUGUGUCCGUGAAAUUUUGCAACGUUGUCCAGAGGUAGACCUGCUCAGUCAAGUGGACGGGGUGACUCCUUUGCAUGAGGCACUGUCAAAUGGACAUGUAGAAAUUGGCAAGCUGCUACUUCAGCAUGGGGGACCUGUCCUUCUACAGCAGAGGGACUCCAAUGGAAAUUUGCCACUGGAUUAUGUUGAGUCCGUACCAGUAAAGCAAGAACUUUUGAACGUUGUGCAUCCAGGAGAGAGCACUGAAAGCUUCUAUGAAUGCACACAAGAUUUUUGCAGUCAGCAGAAAGAACUGUGGUUGAUUUUAUUUAGUAAGAUGCUGCUGAAUUUUUGUUCCAUUUAUAAUCUGUCCUCACCCUUUACUUCGACUCUCAGAGAGGUAGCUUGUUCAAAUGUACUUCCAGCAAUGGCUCGUGAUAUCUGUAAGAUGAAAAAUACAUUUUCUGGGGAUUGGUUAGUAGACACAUAUUUUAGAGAGCUAGAAACUUUUGAAAAACUACCACAGUUUCUUCAAGAAAUAUCGGAAAACAUGCUUUUCUUCCCUGGGGAACAGAAGAAGACUUUAUUAGCAGCUCUGGAAAACAUGGCAGAGGAGUAUCAGUUAUUUACUUAAAACUUUCUAACAGUUAGCUUCCAAACAAGCCACAUUAGUCAAAUCUUGACUGUUAACCCUUGGUAUUGGGCUAAUUAUCUUUUUUCCAGCAACCAAAGAAGUACAAAUUUCACAGCCCUACAUGAGCCGUACAUGUUUAGCUCUCAUGUUGUUAAUACUUUCCUCUAGCAGAACCUGGAAGUCAGGUGCAUUGAUUCAGUGCAUUGUUUAAAUAACAUUUCCCAGUACCACUGACUUACAGUGGUCAGACAGAUCUGCGUGCCUGUGACCAUCGCAAGAGGGUGCUGUAUUAAUUGCACUAAGUUAAACUUUGUAUUUUAUGUCCUGGAAAUCUUUGUUACCGAUCUCACACCAUAAUUCUCUUUGGUUUCCAUAGGUAGUGACCCUAAAGUUAAAACAUUACAGGUAACACUUUUUCCUUGAGAAAGGCUUGUGCCUAUAUAUUGUAAUAUCCUUUAAUAAAACUGACGUAUCUGUCACUAAACAAAAGCAUAUGGAGAAGAUAUUCUUUCUAUCCAUUUUUGUUUUAUUUAUCCCUGUCCUGUAAAAAUUCAAAUUAAGUUACAUCUUGUGAAAUACAAAAAAGAAGGUAGUAUGUCAUUUACAGAAUCAGUGUGCUGGCAUUUCGCAUGUCUGUGUUAGUUUGAUAGAAAUGGUCACACAAGGGCAUGUGGAAAAUCUUCUUCUCCCUCAUCAGCACCAUGGCGCUCAUAGUCACGUUCACUUGUGCAGCGACUGACUUGAGGCCCAGAUACUCGGGUGAUUUGCAAAACUGCAGUAAGUACCACUGACUGCAGCUUUAAAACGAUCAAGUCAUCUUGCUCCUUUCCAGGACAGUGAUGCUGUGAAGCGCCAAAUCCGUCAGCCUAACUUACUGUGUCCUUGGCUUUGCUCUAACUUGUGUUGGCUUGCAGUGGUUUGAUAAAUCCAUUACACUGGCAGUGUAUAAAAUGAUCUUGUAACACUCCUGGGAUUCCCUCAACUAAAGAUGCCGGUGGAAGCAGGGGCACAAAUCUAGUUAUGCUGGCAGGUGAAUUUACAAAGGAUUAGACAAGACAGUUUAUGUACUGGGCAUCAUAUUCUGACACUAAGUAUGGAUCUCCUUAAAAAUUACACCCCCUUUAAUAUGAGAGUUUUGUUCUCCAUUCUGUGAAUACAUGCAAACUACACAUGAUAAAUCCUCUAAACUAAUCCUCUAACCUAAUUUAGGAUAGUGUGCUACAUAUUCUAUCAGAUGGUCCUUUUAAUUAAUUAAGAAAAUCCUGUUCUGUUCUUUAAAGGUAUCAAGGCUUAUGUGGCAGCAACUACACAAUUGUGCUGCAUAGGUUGGGGAUGUGGAAGAGUUACGUGUUUUGGAGAGCCCUUAUUGCACAUUUAUACAGCAACAACUAUUCUUCCUGCUUUUCAUCUGUAGAGAUCCAGUGCCAAACUCGUUUCAGAGGAGGGUCUGGGAAGGGAGAACCUUCUAAGAGAAGUUUUAUCUCUUCCAAGAGAGAGGAAAGUGCUGCUUUAGAAUGAGGGUACCUGACUUUCUCCUAACAUUCAGUAAUAGAUCAGGAGUAAUUUACAAUCUUAGCCUUCACAGGGAAGGUACUAAUUAGCAACAUUUCCAAUUCCAAUUCUUCUAUAAUAGCAAUUUAUAAUAUUUCAAAAAGAACCCUAAAAGAAAGGGUGUGGAUAAUAGCUGCUUCUGAAAUUGAUGUUACUUGACUAGAGGGAGUAAGUUACAUUGAUGCAGCUGGCUUGCAGCACAUCAAAACUUCCAUUUAGCCUUUCUGCAGCUGAUAUAUACGAUCUCAUAGCAAUCCACUGAAGAUGCUCAGACUGAGCUGGUCUUGGAACCAGACCUUCAUUACAAAUGUUCAGUGUUUAUUAAUGACUGAUUAUUAUUUUUAUACGUGCAUGCAGAACAGCCUGUUCUAAUAGAAUAAAUGGUCAGUGCAUAUUGGAUUUGUUUCUAUUUGUGCAAUUUUUAUUUUUCUUUAGUAAGAAAGCAGCACCCAAAAAACUGUGUCAUAUAUGAGAUGGAUUAAUAAAUGUCAGAUUUCUUUGUUGCA